AUGUCGUUGAACGGUCUGGACGAUCCAAAUAUCGUCGAGGCUCACGAGACGGCGGCUUCGGAGCCGGGGGGAUGGUUCCUUCUCAAGUACUCCGAAAGGGAUGCCGUUGAGCUCUUGAGUCGCGGCAAUGGAGGUGUCGUCGAAAUGCGCAACGCCGUCCUCGACUACGACGAGACAAGUCCGCUGUAUGGGUUUUUGAAAUAUCGCAGGAGAAAUGUCAUCGUCAAGCAUCUCCCAGAAGAUUGCUCUCGGCUGAUUCAAGCUCGAGUGGCUGUCCACUUCAAUGCCAUCUGCGAACGUUUUUCUCCCUACGACACCAUGUUCGAAAUCGCCGCAGCAAGCGAGCUCAAGGAUACCAAGUUGUCUUCAGCCUGCUCACUCCAUGCCGCAUCCUGCUCUACCUCGUCCUCCACAAGCUCCUUGCGCAGAAGACGCCUCAUGGAGAUUGCCGAAGAGGAAGAGGAAGAACAGCGAGCCUCGAAGCGUCAAUCGGUUCACGACUUGAACGGAGACCGGCCCAGGUCGCCAGCUGCCGGCAGUAUGAUCGCGGACCCCGUAGCCCUCGAUUCGCAGCUUGCUGCCUCCCCUGAGCAUGCCAAAUUCUCGGCCGACUCGACUGCCGAACUCCCUACCUUCAUUGGCCUUGACCACCGGCCAACCUCGUCCGCUAAGUCGAGUGAUACCGGCUCGAUCCAACCUCGACCCGAGCUCUUCAGCAGCUAUUCUGCACCUUACGGCAAGCCCAAGGUGAAGCUCGGGCCCCGACCUUCGCUCGACGUGAGCGGCCGGCCGCACACCGCCGGAAGUUUUCGACCCAUAUCCGCCAUUCCGGCAGGUUUCAAGCUCUUUGGCAAAGGCAUCAAGAAAGCCAAAGGGAGCAAGAACCUUGGCGCCCUGGCCGCAGCUUCUGCUGAGGAAGGUACCGCUGGCCACAACCUCGACCCGACUGCCACCUCCAUACCCGAAGAGUCCCUGCGGCAUCAGGGUGACACUGCUGCGCCGGCGACGAGCUCCGACGCCUCCGUGGACUAUGCCACGACGUCUCCACCCCCGUCCAAGAAAGCAACUGUCUCGCCCGAGAAGGCGAGGCUGAUGAAGGCCAUGCAGCUGCGAGAGAAGAGGAAGAUGAUGAGCCUCCAACCUCCCAUCGCCACGCCAUCUUCCGUCGACGAAGAUGCUCCAGAAAGCAAAGAAGUUCCAGCUGAUGCAUCCGAGGACAACACACAAAAGAUGCCAGCAGGAUCUCAAGGCGUGGACGAUCCCGAAAUCGUCUCGAUCCAUAGCGAUUCUGGAGACGUGCCGGACACAGCCUCCUUCUUGACACAUGCAGAUCAGAAAUCAGACUUGACCCAGUCCGACUCGCGACCGGCGAGCCCUGUUGUGACCUCGUCCGAGGCCGACCAGUCCACCAAAGCGUCGUCACUCUCGGAAUCAACUGACGAGACGGUACGAGCCAAGGAUGACGGAUCCGCGCUGGGCAACGAGGACGUUACACAUGAGACCACGCCCGAGGAAGAUCUCAAGGAUAAUGAGCUGCCUCCAGAUGAAAGUGUACCUCUUUCGGAUGAUUCAGGGCUGGAGGUAGCGGCCGCGAGGGCGUCUGGGGGGACCAAGCCUCAUGGCGUCUCCAAAAAUGUUGCCAGUGCCGCUUUAUCCCUUGGAGACGGUAAACAACAAGACGCGCUCGUUGCACACUCAGAUGUCGAGGCUCCACGUUCCACCGCUUCGGAUACGAAUGCUGCCGUCAAUGUGGUGCACUCAGACUCUGAAGCUGUUUUCGAUUCGGAAACGAAGACUCAGGAUGACGAGCCUCAGUCUGCCGAGAGCACGACAUCAACGGAUGCGAAUCAGGCAUCUACUUCUAAUCACGACCUCGUGGCAACUGCAGAUGUCGUGUUGCCACCAAGAGCGGUAUCAGCGGCGCCGCAGCAGGUCGCUGAGACGAUGACAAUUGCGGCUUUGGACAACCAAACUGCUGCCGCCGAAUCUCACAAGGGAGACGCCGAUGAGAUGGAGACGACAUCGGCUCAGUCCGGUCAACCCAAGCGCAAGGGGCUCAUCGAACCGAUCCAGACCGAUCUUGUUCAGCACACCCGGCAUACGUCGCGCUCCGAGAUGAACUUUUCAGACGACGAGGAGUUGAUGGAGGAGCUACAAAGUGCGACGGUGCAGGAAGCAAAGCCAAUGCUCGUAGCCAAAACGCCAGUUUCGGCGACUUUCUCCACUGGCCCAGCCAAGGGCCGAACAGCAUCGAGCGCACCCCAUGCCCACACAGUCCGCACAGUAUCCAAUCCGGUCCGAGGCAACCUUGUUGUGCCGACAGACGUGAGCCAAUCCUCGGCGCGAUCUCUCAGUAGCGGGGCGGCAUAUUUGCACCAGGUCACGCAACAACAGCAACAGCAGGGCGGGAACUUGGCGAACAAGCCGAACAUCGGGUCGAGCAUCUCGCAGCGUAUCAAAGCACUGGAGAAGCUGUCUGCCGCGUCGGGUGAUACAGGGGCGCCCGGCUCGCGGGAGCGGCCAUCGUCAACCUUCUUCGCCGUGAAGAAGCGGGAGCCGUCGAAAUCACCGUCUGUGCUGGAGAGGGCUAAUUCGCUGCGGAGGAAUACUCCGGAGUCGCGUCCCCAAUCUAAGGAAUCUUCAUCAGAGUCGGGAAGGAUCAGCCGACGAGAGCGAUCUGUAUCGGUAACGGACCGCCUUUCUUUAUUCGAGUCGGCGCCUGCAGCGGGAGUCAGCGUUGUAAACCGCUCGACUAGCAUCUCACGACGUGGCCGCCCCGAAUCGGUCUCUGUCACAGCCAAGAUCAUCCGAGAUUCGAGCCAGAACGUGCAGGCAGGCUUCGAACCUCCCAAGGAUCCGUCGGAGUACAGCCGCCUGGAUCUGAAGCAGUCGCCCCUGCUGGUAGAUCACCGCAAGGCGGUGCCGGAGCCCACGCGAACAGCUGCUGUGGAACCACCGCCGGAGCGCCGAUCGACGUCCGAGGAACGGAAUAAGUCGGGCAAGUCACGUCAAUCUUCGCUGAGCAUUGUCAAGGACUUCAUCAAGGAACGUCGCAGGUCCGUCACCUCCAACCAAGGAGACGUCCUCGUGGCGCCAUCUGCAGCUCUCCCGUCGCGCUCCCCGUCACGCUCCCCUCCCGUCAUUCAGAACAGCACCUUCUCCCCCCGUCUCUCCAUCAGCAGCCGUCGCUCGUCUCUCAGCCAGGAUCGUCAGUCUGUCACUUCGCCAAUCGGAGAGGGCUAUGGGGACGACACGAAGUCGGCCAACGGCGACAAGAAGCUGUCUCGAGCUGGACGGUUCAUGCGCCGCUUGUCCACCCUCUCCGGAUCACGAAGCAGAAACUCGCCGCACGGGAUCGCGCACACAGUCGCCGAGGAAAGCCUUGAGCCUGUGGUGCCACGACCAGCGACCACCGGCUCGCCAACCAUUGUCUCGUACAUGGGCGAUGUUAAUGUUCAGUUUCCCGACACUUUACUCUGGAAGCGCAGGAACCUAAGCCUCGACUCUCAAGGUUUCCUUAUUCUGAGCGCUCUGCCCGCCCAUAGCGGCCGGCCGGCGCAGGGAAUCAAGCGAUACCACCUCAGCGAAUUCCGACCACCGUACAUACCCGACGUGGAGGUUCAGGAACUCCCCGACAGCGUCGUGCUGGACUUUAUCGAAGGGACUAGCAUCCAAUUCGCCUGUGAAGAUCGGGCAGGCCAGGCGAAUGUGCUGAGCAUUCUGCAAGAGGCUCAUGCCACCCGCGGCUCGACUUAUGGGCUGUGA